CCCUCCUUACAAUUGCUGGCAAAGAAACUUCCGGAUUUAAUCAUGAAUUCCAAGGCUGAAAACACAAGAAAAACGUACGGAUAUGCCUUCAAUAAAUUUCGUAAGUGGUGUUUUACACAUAAUAUUUCAUAUCUUCCUGCAACGGAUUUCCAUGUAUCGUUAUACUUAACAAGUCUCAGUAAUACAUGUAGCAGUGCAGGGACAAUUGACGAGGCUUUUUAUGCAAUUAGCUGGGCGCAUAAAUUGGCGGGAUUUCCUAAUCCCUGUUCAUCCGAACUUACUAUUUCAGCCAGAGAGGGAUGCCAUAGAACUAUCGGGAAACAGUUGAUAAAUAAAAAAGAACCUAUUACCUCCAAUAUACUGAAACAAUUGUGUGCUCUUUACGGAGGUGAAUCGUGUUCUUUGUUAGAUAUUAGAAUAUGUUGUAUGUGCUUAUUAAGUUAUGCUGGUUUUUUAAGAUUUUCAGAACUUGUUCAUUUGAAAAGAUCAGAUAUAUGUUUUUACGGCAAUUAUAUGACUCUUACUAUUCAGAAAAGCAAAACAGAUCGUUAUAAAGAGGGGAGCAAUGUAGUUGUGUCAUGUACGAAUGAAAUUACAUGUCCUGUGAGAAUAACCAGAAGAUAUCUCAGUUUAGCAAACAUUAACGAUCAAUCUAAUGAAUAUUUGUUUAGAUCUAUCACAUACUGUAAAAAUUCUAACACAUACAAAUUAAGAGGAGAAAAGUGCUUGUCAUAUACAAGGGCUAGAGAGAUUCUUCUGGACGCGCUCGCAUCAUUGGGUUUAGAUAGAACUAAGUUUGGUCUGCAUAGUCUUCGCGCUGGCGGGGCUACUGCAGCGGCCAACCAUGGUGUUUGUGAUAGACUAUUUAAAAAACAUGGCCGGUGGAAAUCUGAGACUGCUAAAGAUGGAUAUGUGUCAGAAAAUCUUAGACAGCAACUGUCAGUUACGAAAAAUUUGGGUAUAUAAAGUGUGGGUUUUUGCUUCUGUCUUUAUUGGUCGAGGUCUGUUGCACAGACGCAGGCGAUGCCGUUCCUAAACAUGUGUUGGAGUUUUGAAUUUAUAAAUAAUUUAUGUUCGGUUGAACUGGUGAAUUAGAACAUAAAUAUAUUUAUAAUUGGUAUCGGAAACACGUGGUGUUGUUUGUUUACGUAUUUAGGAAGUAUUUAUAGUAUCUAAGAUUUGAUUGGAUUUUAACGAUUGAUAUGAGUUCAAAUGAAAUCGUGCGGAACAGGUAGUUUACCUGUGUCCAGGUAUUAAGAAUUAGUAGUUAUUCGAGGUUUCGCUGCGCUUAGUGCAACAAGUCCCCGCCCACCCACCCUACUUUAUAAUGUAUAUAUCUGAUAUGAUUUAAUAUUUUCGUUUUUUAUUUUGUAGAAUGUUGUUUCAAAGAAGAAUAUUUAAUUUGUAACAUUUAUGUGUAAUAAAUGUCUGUUGCACAGACGCAGGCGAUGCCGUUCCUAAACAUGUGUUGGAGUUUUGAAUUUAUAAAUAAUUUAUGUUCGGUUGAACUGGUGAAUUAGAACAUAACUG